AUGACCGCCGAGGCAGAAACCAUCACCGUCGACUCGGGCGAUGACUGGGCUUCAACUUACACAGCGACAGACUCGGAAGUAACGUCCCUCCGCAGCAGUGUCUUUGAUUACAUCUACGAAAAUGGGCGACGGUACCACGCCUACCACGCCGGUGCGUACUGGGGGUCGAACGAUGAAAAGGCGAUAGAUGCGAUGGAUAUCUGCCACUUUUUGUACAGUCUCCUUCUCCACGGCGAGUUGCACCUCGCUCCAUUACAGAAUCCGAAACGAGUUCUGGAUGUCGGGACGGGGACGGGGGCCUGGGCCGUUGAGUUUGCGGAUAUGUAUCCCGAAGCCACGGUCAUCGGGACUGAUCUCUCGCCCAUCCAGCCGUGGAUGGUACCGCCGAACCUGAGCUUCGAGGUUGACGAUUGCUGUGACGAGUGGAUGUACCGGGAGCCGUUUGACUACAUUCAUGUGCGGGGGUUGUAUGGUUCCGUGGCCGACUGGGAUAGGUUUUACCAACAGGCUCUGAAACACCUAGUCCCAGGCGGGUAUAUCGAACAAGUCGAGAUGGGAGUUGUGCCUACAUCAGACGACGGAAGUCACAUUGGAACCGUCUACGAGAAAUGGGGCAAAACUAGCCUGGAAAGUGGUGAUCGAUUCGGCAAGAGCCUUCGCAUUGUCGACGAGUCCAAGCAGCGCAUGAUCGACGCCGGAUUCAUCGAGGUGGUCGAGCGUUCCCAUUGGGUCCUCCCGCGUUUUCGGUACAUGCCGUGCCAAAAAUUUCAGCGGAGUAGUACUGUGUGUCCAGGGCCGUUGACGAAGCGUGAGAGACCUCUGGGUAGAAAAUUUUCAAACUGGGCGCGCGUUUCUCUGGGUGAUUCGGCCAGCAGUCCACGACAGGACCGCUUUGCCCGACACCUCGGGGGUCGAAACCGACAAUGUUAUGCUGCCAUGCGAGAGCCUCAGCCAGACUGGCUCCUCCCUGGAGUACGAGCUCAACACCAGGCCCUCCAGGACCACCUUGGUUAA